AUGCUUUUCAACAGUUAUCUUCCUUGCUUUGAGGCGCUCACCAUAGCCCUUUUACUUCCAUGUUUAGUGACCGGACAUCAGCACUCAUGGGACGAAAAGAUCCACAUUGGCAACCAGACACUACAUAGGCCCUCAAUUCCAAUCUCGCCGACGCGAAUUAUAUUAGAUGGCACUUCCAUUCUUACGAAUACCACAGGAGCUUUCCAAGGAGAAGGGAAGAACAGAAAACGUGCUAGUCAAGCUGGAAGCCCAAGUGGUACGAGGAGUACAUUUUUGGUCCUGGCCAGAGACGCUUCAUCUGCAUAUUCUGCCUACUCGGGUCUCAACGAUUACGGAAUCCCAUAUGAGCUGAAGAUAAUUCCAGCAGGAGGUACCACUUUGCCGACUCUGCAAACCAGCGAUGCGAACCCAAUGGGUAAUUAUGGUGGAAUUGUGGUUCUUUCCGAGGUCAGCUAUGCGGACGCUAAUGGGAACUGGGCUUCCGCGAUAACGGCAGCACAAUGGACAACGCUCUACAAUUAUCAAACGACUUUUGGUGUAAGGAUGGUCAGAUUGGAUGUCAGUCCCUCUGCUGCUACUGGCACAAGGGUCGUGGGUUCCUGCUGCUCCGACGGUCAAGAACAACCUUUGUACAUCAGCGAUAUCACUCAGUUUCCAACUGCAGGUUUAAAGCAGGGUGCGACUCUAAGUAGUCUUGGACUUUAUCAUUACCCCGCGGCGAUAAUUGACACUUCGACAACUAGAUCAAUUGCCAAUUUCAUGCCUACCACAGGAUUUACCGAUUACACCACUGCUGCGGUGAUCAACAACUUUUCGGGGAGACAGCAGAUGGUGUUUUUCAUGCCUUUCGCAACAGACUGGGCUUUGACGUCGACUGUGUUGACUCAUGCAUGGAUUCAUUGGGCGACAAGAGGACUUUAUGCCGGAUUUCGAAGAGCCAUGCUUCAUACCCAAGUCGAUGAUAUGUUCUUGAAGACAACCACCUGGGAUGGAGAUGACUUUCGGAUUAGCACUGCUGACCUUGCAACGCACAUUCAAUGGCAAGCGUCUAUCGGCUCCAAAUUGCCUGCUGGCAGCAAUUAUACCAUUGAGCUUGGCCAUAAUGGAAAUGGGAAUAUUGAAAAUGCGUUCAAAGUCAAGCAAGCAACCUGUCCACAAGGAUCCGUCCAGCGAGUCGACCCCCCGCAGACAGAUUUGGAGUACAUCAAGCCAAUCGGAAGUGGGACAAAUUUCUGGCCAUUAAAUGCCACAUCAUACACCUAUACAGACGAUUGUAUCGCGCAAGAUCCAGUGGCUAAAUUCUUUUUGACCCCCGCGACUCGAGAUUCCUUUAUGCACGUUUCGCAUACAUUUACACAUGAAAAUGAGAAUGCUGCGACAUAUUCAGAUGUUACCAGCGAGAUUACAUGGAAUCAAAAGUGGCUCGCGCAAAUCGCAAUUGCAAAAGGAAAAUGGUUUAGUCCCAAUGGUAUCAUUCCACCAGCUAUUACAGGACUUCACAAUGGAGACGCAUUGAGAGCGUGGAAGGAAAAUGGCAUUCUUAAUGUUGUUGGUGACAACACCCGACCAGUACUAUUGAACACCAUCAAUGAACAUUGGCCCCUCAUCACGAGUGUCGCAAAGAAUGGGUUCGACGGUAUCAUGAUCAUACCUCGCUGGGCAACGAAUAUAUAUUACAACUGUGAUGACACAGCUUGUGACAUUGGUCAAUGGAAAUCACUUGGAAAUUCUGGCACAUUGUCGACUCUCCUUGAUGCUGAGAGAUCAACUAACACCCGCCAUCUUUUAAGACUUAAGCACGACCCAUUCAUGUUUCAUCAGGCAAAUAUGAGAUGGGAAGGAGUUGAUCGGACCACCGUUAAUGGAGUCACCAAUCAGUAUUCUCUACUCCAGAUCUGGGUUGAAAAUAUCGUGGCAGAGGUAACCAGGCUCACAACAUGGCCUCUCAUUAGCUUGAAACAUGACGAUAUCGCAGCUUCCUUCCGUCAACGAAUGACAAGAGACCAGUGUAACUACACCAUGACAAAUACAUUUUCUGGCUCGACCAUUACCGGGUUCUCGGUUUCUGCGCCGUCUGUUAGCAAUAGAUGCGCCGCACCCAUCCCAAUAACUCUGCCUGGACCCUUGGCGGAGAAUGGUAUUCGGUAUAAUACUGAACAGCUCGGAAGUGACCCCUUAACGGUGUGGGUGGAUUUGAAUGGUAGAGUUAUGGAUUUUAGAUUAAAAGACCCAAUUUCUUGGUAG